AUUAUUAAACUCCCCUUGAAAAAAUUCAAAAAAUUCAAAAACUUCACACUCAACAACUAUGACCAACCAAACCAACAACAACCACCUCAACUCAUUCGAAGCCAACCUAUACCAACCAGGCUCAACAUCAUCAUCAUCAACUUCAAAUUCAGCCUCAGCCUCAGCCUCAAACCGAAUCCAUCCCUACCAAUCAUUCUCACUCUCAUCAUCAUCAAACAACAACAACAACAACACCCAUCCCUCGCUGUAUAUCAAAAAACCAUUCACAUAUCUCAAUUCAUUCAUCUCCACCUCCAGGAAACCCUCCCAUUCGAUCCAGAUCGCUAUCCUCAUCCUCAUCUCUCUCUCAACCCUUACCAUCCUAAUCGACUAUUGGACUCAAUCUCAACUAUAUAGACUUCGUUACCCAUGGACACUCUCCCCAUCCAAGGGCUCCUCGCCAUCCACGAGCUCAUGGAAGAGUCUCUCGGAAGGAUAUCUGGGCUUGCCCGCAUGCGAUCCGUUCGGCGAGCCCGGGACGGUGGUCCUGAACACGAGCUUCUACCACGACGCGAGCUGGGUGCCGUUUGGGCCGAGCUGUGCGCCCAGUCCGGACUAUCUCUCGGCCUUACGGGCGAUCCGCGAGGUGCCGAUCAACCUGCCCCUCUCGCAACGAGACGCUCUCAUCCAUCGACCCAUCCAUACAACCUCCUCCUCAAAAGAACAAGAAGAACCACAACAGACUGAGUUCUUCGAUCGAUCCGCUUUCGACCUUUGGGGUAGACCCUACCCCGACCUCACCUUCCUCCGCGGAAAAACUAUCCUUCUGCUCGGCGACUCCGUCGAUCGUAACUCGCUCGAACAUCUCCACCAACUCGUCCAUGCAGACGUCCGCUCCCUCCACUACCUCGACAUCAAUAACCCCCCUCCCUCUUCCGAUUGGGACCCUAGAUCGACCCCCUGGGAAGUCAACCUCGGCAUCCUUCAUCCCCGUAACUAUAGUAAUGCCUCCUACCCCGAUAAUUCUCGAGAUUUUGCCGGCUUGAAUUGUAAACUUCUUAAUGGGUUCUUUUAUGGCUUGGAUGAUAUAGAUGAAUUUUCAGUUCAAGCGGAUUGGCAUGGGCCCGGAUUAGCGGAGAGUAGAGUGCGAGAGUUAUACGAGCCGUUGACGGGAGCGUAUGGGCGAGAAGACGGGGAAGGGCCGGCGUUUAUAAUGCUCCAAUCGGGGCUCUGGGACCUAGCGUUUUUUGGGCGACGGAACCGACAACGGAACGAGACGACGGAGUUACCGUUAGGGGCGGAAGAGCUAGACUGGUGGCAGGGCCGAUUCCGGUCGUUGAUCCGGACGAUCAAGUACACCUGGCCAGACACCCCGCUCUGGAUCCGGACCACCCAUCGCAUAGGCGAACAGUUCUGGGCCGCGCAUGAUUGGCAGGCCGGACUCAAACAUGGCCUCGGAAAGGGAUUCGUGAACUUCUUCCCCGAUCAUCGUGUACAUCAGAUUCGUCAGAUGCAGCUCUUCGUCGCUAAGGAAGAAGGGCUGCCCGUCUUCGACUUCUAUAAUCUUUGGGAAGGCUACCAAAAGUUUCAGGAUAAAGUCCAUCCUCUAAAAGUGCCUGGUGGUGUGUUGAUGAAUCAAGCGUUAUUCCAUCACGUUUGGAUGGAAUCUAUUGGCAGAAAAAACUGGGAUCCCAGUUAUCUCACACGAAAUCGGAUCGGAAAAUUACCACACCAUCUCCAUGAAUUCUACUAAUCUUGAACCCCCCCCCCCCAACACCACGUCCCCCUUUCCUUUCCCAUCUCUUAUCCUCACAGGGUCUCUUGCUUGAAUUCAUUCAUUUGCAUUAACUUUCUUGCUUUUCCUCUUUUCUUUCCUACUCAGAUAUAUAUGGUUUUUUUUUCUCUCUCUUUCUAAUUUUGUCUUCAAAUAUAGAUCCUUCAUCCCAUUCAUUCCACUCAACUCACCCCCCCCCAAAAAAAAAAUGUCUGCAUAAAUAGUUUAUCCAUGCAUAUCCUCUUCAUCCCUUGUUUAGAUCCUAUCCUCCUUUCCUUUCCUUUCCUUUCCUUUUCUUUUUUUUCUGGAAUCUUCUUUUGUUUUUCUACACUUAACAUUGCAUACAAUUUUUUUUCUUUUUUGAUUUGAUUUGAUUUGAAUUCCUGGAAACUCUUCUUCUUCUUUACCAUCAUUUUUUUGUUAUGGUUUGUGUAUAUCGUUUUGAGUCUCCUUUGGUAUCCUGGUACACAUUCAUUCAUAUCAUUCAUUCAUGUUCAUGACUAACAUUCUC